GCGUGGUCCGGGCUGCCGACGUGGCGCGCGAGCUCCUGGCUGGGCGGAAACGGGCUGCGCGCGCUGUCCCAGACACCGGGCACCAUGUCAGAAGAAGAAGUAUUGGGUGACACCACUGUACCCCCUGACCCUCCUGCUUUUAAAACGCCUUCAGAUGAACACGCUCCUGUAGUUGCAGACAAAACAGACGAACCUUCUUCCAGUCCUUCUCUCCCAGUGGGCGCACCAGAGCAUAAGCUGACCAGCGAGGGUGCAGAAGAAUGUGCUUCAGUCAGCCAGGUCACAGAGCCACCAAAGCACCAAUCAGAGGAACACUGCUGUGAUCAGGUGACCGAAUGCAGCGAAACCGUGAGCUUGGAACCAGAGGUUGUGGAAGGGGACGCAGAGCCCUCAGAGCAGCCCACAUCGAAAGUUUGGGGUGGUUGGGGAUCCUGGGGGAAGUCCUUGUUGACGACCGCCACCUCCACAGUAGGUCAGGGAUUAAGCUCCGUUCGAGAGAAAGCGGGCGUGGCCUUGCGGAUGCGCAGCACAUCAUCGUGCGAGGAAGCCCUGGAGGCUGAAGAACCUCAUGAACAUCAUGAGGAGGAGGACGACGACGACUCCGUGGCUCAGCCCAUCAGCCCAACCAACAGAGGAGUGUUUUCCUCCAUCACCAGCGCUAUGCAAAACACAGGGAAGUCUGUGCUGACCGGAGGACUCGAUGCGCUGGAGUUCAUUGGCAGGAAGACGAUGAUUGUGUUGGCGGAGAGCGACCCAGGCUAUAAGAAGACCAAAAUCCUCAUGCAGAGGACUGUCUCGCUCUCACAGAUGUUGAAGGAAGCCAAAGAGAAGGCGCGUGAGAGGCUGAGCAGCCAGAUGGUGUGUGAACCCAUGGCUCAUUACGGCAUCCUGUUUGAUGAUUAUCAAGGUUUGUCUCACUUGGAAGCUCUGGAGAUCCUGAGCAAUGAGAGCGAGGGCAGGGUUCAGGAUGUUCUUUCCUCCCUCGAAGGCGAGAAGCUGGAGCUUCUGAAGAAGGAGCUGAUUGAGAUUAAGGAGAUCUUCGAGGCGAGCGAGGAAGAGGAGGAGGAGGAGGAGACGGUGGACACGGGUUCAAGGGGAAAUGGUGAACUUUAUUCCCAAAUUCGCUCUUUCAGCCCACUCUAUGGGGAGGAGUUUGUCAGUGUUCUCACAGAGCUGCUAUUUGAACUGCAUGUUGCUGCGACACCAGACAAACUGAACAAGGCCCGAAUGAAGGCCUAUGAUUGGGUAAGGGAGACAGAGAACCCGGUUACCAAGGAGGAAACAGAGGAAGUGAAGGAAGAGAAUUCAGAGUCGCCCCCUACAGGACAGGAGGAUGUAGCUGAAAAACAAGAAGAGGGGACAAAAAAAAUGGAGAAAAGCGCUGAGAAAAAGAUUACGGACAAGGUUGAGAGUGUGUAUCAGUGGUCCAUAGGCAGUCUUGCUGAGGUGACAGCUCGGAGUAUAGAGCAGCUCCAUAAAGUGGCUGAGCUCAUCCUGCAUGGACAAGACGUGGAGAAACCAGCGAGCCAGCAGGCCAAAAUACUUUCAAGGUUGACCUGUGCUAUGUGUAAGGAGGUUGGCUGUCUGGCACACAGAUUCACAGAUACACUCGUGGCUGUCGGGAGUCGGAGAAAAGCAGAAGAGCUGAAUCCUCUGGUGAACAGUGUGACUCUUGAGGGUUCGAACAGCACGACCUACAUCCACAACGCGUUCCAGCUUCUGCUACCGGUUCUGCAGAUCUCCCACAUCCAAACCAGCAGAACCGUGGCAAUAGCCAAACCAGAACCGGCUCCAGAACAGGAACCAGCUCCUACAGACUGACCUGCUCGCCCUGCGCAUGAUUUAUUUCCUUCUGCGACUGUCUACGCAAAGUGCAGUGCGCUGCAAGUCUGUGUGUGUAUCAGUUUUCUCGAUGAAAUGAUCUACACACAGACACUUAGGAUCAGAUAAAUCAGAAAAAAAGCAUCCUAGAAGAAUUUAAAGAAGAUAUUUUUAACACUAGUGCCCCGUGUAAUCAUUUUGCAGGUGGCCGUGGUUUUAUGAAAGUGACAUCUGUAUCACUGACAAUUAACUUUCCUUUACGUUUUACGAUGUUUUUACUAUAACGACAAGGUCACGCUUCAUUUCAUCAAAGCUGUGUGCGUUCCUUCUUCUACCACAAGUCCCAGGUUUAUCUUGCUAACGUUAUUUUUUUUUCUAUAGUAACGGAGCAACAAACGAACAUCGUAUGAUCUGGUUGAUACGGCGAAGGAGUCUCCAGUCUCAGCGUUUUGCAUCAGUCAAGGCUUAUGAUUUAACUUUACGUUUUCCGCCAUGGGAAAGUCUUCACUACAGGUUGCAGUUUCUAGGGAACAUGAUAAGCUGCGUGUUUAGUUUUGUUUUUGUCUUAUGUUCAAGAGGAAGAAAACAGGCUGGUGAGGGAACAAAUUGGCAAAGUGCUGUGGUACAAGGGGAAUAAAACACUUCGGGACACGCUGUUAAAGGAAAAUCAUCAGCUUCAGGGUGGUAACAGUAACUCGGCUUCAUCACAACGCCCUUUUAUGGUUUACAUUUAUCCGGAGAGAUGUAUUUAUUUAAAACUGCUUUGAAGCAUGGUGAGAUCUAAAGAUGAACCAUGAACAAAGUAAAACGUGUUAAACAUCCUUCGUUAAAUCUAUACAUGACUGAAUUUAAUCGAUUACCAAAGAUCCGUGAUUGUGUAACUCCAAUUACAGUUCUGAUUUUAAGGGUUGGAUUGUUUAGAUCAUUUCUGAUUGUUGUGUUAUUUUCAAACUGAUGCUUUGGCUCGCUCACUUUGCUUCGUAAUGAACAAGAACAUAUUUAUGUUUUAAAACUGACCAGCAAAGUAUGUUGUAGAUAUUGUUGAUUCGUACAGACUUUUCCAUUUAUGACCAGAUAUUUAAUUUCGAUCUGUGAGUAAAUUAAAAGACAUAGUUCUGUACCUCAGUUAUUGAUUUAUUGAGAACUAAGAAAUGUUCUGGAGCAUCGUAUUUGCUAAAAAUGGACUUAUUUUUAAUAAUUCACCAAAGUACAUGUCCAGUUCAGUGUUUAAAUGUAAUUUUGUAAAGAAAAAAAAUAAUAAGAAACACUAUUUACACAUUGUGCACGACUGUAUACGAAACUCCCAGAAAAUUCUUUAUUAAAUUCAAAUAAACUUUUCCUGUUGCCUUACUGAGUGACUCACCCAGUCAAUAUUAAUAAAAUAAAAUUUCCAGACAUUAAA